AUGGACGACACUCCAGGUAGUCCUGCACCAAAAAACCAGUCUUCAUCAGCAAAGACGCUAUCAUCAUUGUUCGCAAAGAGAUGGACUCACAAGAUAGCUUCAGUCUUUGCAAGACGCACCCGUCGAGAUGACCGAGGACCCGUGGCGGAGGAUGGUGCGGUCGGCUGGUCUUUGUCCAGCCACGAUACAAUCCGAGUGAUUUCAAACCGCCCGGAACCUACGCAAGGAAUCGAUACGAGCAGGUUUCCUACUCCGUUCCCUUUCAGGCGCCUUCCUUACGACAUUCGUGUAAUCAUUUACUCCCAUCUCGAGAGCAGACCACCACUCGCGCCGAAACUCGAUUGCCAGGGGUUCUAUCUGUCAUGCCGGCAAAACAAGCGUGAGAUCGAAGAGUUCGCACGCGAUAGACUGAGAACACUCUUUGCACGGAUUGAGGAUACAUCAAGCGUUGGAGUAGCCAUCAGGCGCGGCUCAGACGAGUUGCGAAACAUCACUGUUGCUCUUCCUUACGCUGCCUUCGAUGAUCUCGGUGUGUCGUCUUCAAAUCCCAAAUGGAAGCGAGAGGUUCUCAGCGGUCUGCAUCCGCUCUUUGCCUACCCUUUUGACACAUUACACAUCGCAAUCUCCGACGACCAAUGUCACGUAUCAAGUAGUCCUGAAGUUGCUGCACCAAGCACGAAUUGUCUUGUUGAAAGCACGUUGCGCUACUUGAUCCGCGACCUCAGCUUCAUGGUCGAGUGCUCAAACACGUGCAAUGAUCGGGCGAACUUCACGGACAACAAACAAAGCAAGGUUGAAAAGAUCUUCAAGCUCAGAGUCGCAGAAGAGGUCCCGCCGUAUCCUAGCGCCGAUGUCAGAGCGAGACGAAUAUGCCUGUCGUGGGAUAGCCGGCCAUUCCCUCACGAUGAGACUCCGCUGAGUGGCCGAAUUGUAUACGCUGACCCUUCUCGCCCGCAGGCUUUGAAAAACGCUAACCCACUUCAUCCUGCCAACCUCCACACAAGUAUGGUCUACGAGCUCAGCGGUGCAGAUGGUUCUGUUGGCGAAAUUGGCAUCGUGUCGCCAACGCGGUGGCCGCUGCACAACACUGGAAGACCAUCAGUAAAACACAUGGUGGACUCGUUUGAUCUUCAUCGAGGAUCGAUAGUUUCGAGUAAAGGAUCAGGGAUGAAGCUUGAACAGGGGAUCGCAGGUGUCAGGAUUCAGAAACUUGAGGACGGGGAGGAUAGGAGGCACAAAGCAGCAGUGGACCGAAAGUUUGACCACGACGUCUUCAUGGCGUGCAUAGAGGAGGGGUAUUUUCCCGAUUAG